CACCGCCAUUCCCUCACCUCGCACCAUGCCUCGCACCGCGCCCGUCGCCGCGCCACAGGCGGCCAGCAGCAGCAGCGGCAGCAGCUCUGGCAGCUCGAGCAGCAGCAGCAGCGCCGACAGCGAUGCAGAGCUCGCCGCCGCACCUGCGUCCACACGCUCGCUCUCGGACGCAGAGCAGGCGGGCGACGACGACGAAGAGGACGAAGACGACGACGAGGCCGCACAGGCGCAGGCUGACGCAGACAGAGAGCGGCGCGCGCAGCAAGCGGACCGCAAGCUCGGCACGAAGCUCCACCACCUCUUCCGCACCGUCGCCGCCGCCGUGCGCCGCGCCCGCACGCACGAGCUGCAGCGCCAGAUCAAGCGCCUCAAGCCGCUCGCCGCCGGGAGCGCCGAGGCGCGCGCUGCCGAAGACGAGCUGGCGGCGCUCAAGGCGCUGCUGCCCGAGCCGCUGGCCGCGCGCGCGCUGCGCUCCAAGCUCGUCAAGGCCAAGCUGCUGCCGCGCGGCACCGCGCCCGACGCUGCCGAGUUCCCGCUGCUGCGCCACAUCGAGGCGCACGAGGCGCUCGCCGCUGCGGGCGCCGCUGCUGCAGCCACGGGCGCCGCCGGCAAGGUCGAGGCGCGCUUGCUGAGCAACAAGGGCCUCGCCGACGACGUGCUGCACGCCGUCGACGCGCUGCGUGCCCUUGUGCGGCCCGACGAGGUGCGCGCGCCGCCCAAGGCUGCGGCUGCGGCGCCGAGCGAGCCGCGCGGGGACAAGGGCAAGGGCAAAGAGCAGGCGCCGCCGCCGCCGCGCGCCGCGCCGGGCUUCGUGCCGCUCGGCGAGGCCGGCCUGCUCGAGCGCGAGUGGUCCGGCGAGGAGGACGAGGGCGACGAAGAGGUCGAGGACGAGGCAUCCGGCUCCGAGGACGAGCAGUCGCAGGACGGCGAGAGCGACGUCGACGAGGCCGAGGCGGCGCGGCGCGUCGCGGCGCUCGGCGACCUGAGCCGCUUCGACGCCAUGCUCGGCGGCGCAUCCGACGAGGAGGAGAGUGCGGACAGCGCGGCGAGCAGCGAGGCCGAAGGCUCGGCGCGGCCAGCGGCGCGGCAGGCGGCCUCUGCGGCAGCGGCAGAGCCCAAGAAGCGCAAGCGCAGCGCCUCGCCGGCCGCCAGCGCCAAGGCCGGCAAGGCGGCGAAGAAGGGCAAGGAGAAGGCGGGCGCAGAGAUGGAGCCGCUCACGGUCGGCAGCAGCACGUUCCUGCCGUCGCUCUCGAGCGGCUUCGUCAGCGGCCGCGGGCUGCGCCUCGGCAAGGACGGCGACGACUUCAGCGGCAGCGAGGGCGAGCUGAGCGAGAUCGACGAGGACGCCGAGGAGCGCGGCAAGGACGGCAAGAAGGUCGAGCGCAAGAACAGGCGCGGACAGCGCGAGCGGCGCGCGUGAGUGGCCGUGGUUGGAGCGAG